AAAAGCCAAAGUGACAAGUUUUAUUAAACACCCGCUGCCGAGGUUUUAUUUACUGGUGACAAAUAUACACAGAUAAAUCAAAAAUACCGGUCUUGACAAUGGCGCUAGUAGCGACUGCCGAUCGAUCGAUAGUUGUGCAGAGGAGAUUUUGCGCGUUUAACCACUUCCUAGUUAAUUAAAACGUAAAAAAGUAAAAAUACGUUUCUAUAAAAGUGAACACGGUUGUCUUGUGAAAAUAGUUUUCUCUUAUUAUUGUUAUCAUUUUCGUGGACUCACCACUCUUUAAAGUCGAAGAAUUACUGCACUUAUUGGAAUCUUUUUGGUGUAAGAAAUGCUUAAUGCCGGACCCGAGGGUUAAGCCGGUGUCGGCAAGUGAAUCAUCUGCAUCAGACGAAGCGUCAAAAUUGGAACUAUAUCUUCAGAGACAACUUGAAGAGGAUGUAGCAAGCGAUGCUUAUACCGAAUGCGAUAUCACAACCCAAGAAAAAGAGAUAUUAAUUUUUUUGAAAAAAAACGUCUUUACAAAACGUAAUUUCAUUGAAUUAAACAAAACAAAGGAUGAAAUAGAUGAUAUUGACGUAUUUCUAACUCCAAAUUGUGCAAGUCCGUACACAGAAAAAAAAGGUCAACAAAUAUCGUGCCUAAGCCCAAGUACCGAAAUAACAAAAGAAUAUUAUGCAUUAGUGCACAUUGAGGGAAAUUUAUUGGAACAAGAGCUAAUAGAACAAGAUGUUUUGUCUAAUGCAUUUCAGACUAUAAAAAAAUCACAAGAAUCAAACAAAGUUACACAACGCAAUAAGCCAACUUCGUUGUCUCUGUUUUCUAGUCACUCUCCCAAGACCUUAAAACAUUCCAAUGAUUGUGAUAUAAAUAAUAAAUUACCGCAUGAUCCUGUUGUGUUGAACAAUUGUAAAUUUCUAAAAAAGACGGUCCGUAACGAAUCCUUCUCUGAAAGAAACUUAGAUCCAACAUAUUCUCCAGACAGUUUAAUCACAGACGAGCCUAGUUCGUCUUCAGACUACUUGUCUGCUGUGUAUACUUGUUCCCCUGCGUUGGGCUCUUCUGGAUGCUUGUCUCAAUUAAAUGCUGAAGACAAUAGCUUUAAAAUGGAAAACAUAUUUACGUCAUCUGAUUCGGGCUUGGAAAAUACUGGUUUGUUGGAAAGUCUCAACAGUCAUAAAGAUGUUACACUAACGGACAUAUCUUUGUCUGAUAGUACUGUACAUGACCGAACCGUAGAAGAAGGGUCCAGUCCAGAGGCCGACAUAAACCAGGUACAGAUGAUAAGAAUUCCUAUAGUUCGCACUACACCGUUAUCGAUUUGCACUACUUCACAAAGUAUAGAUUAUAUAGAACAGAAAAAUAGUUCAGAAAAAAAAUCAAAUGAGAAAGUUUGUGGUAAAUCCUCUAAGGAACAGAAACAGCGACAGAAUGAAGAAAUUGUAAUAUUAGAGUCAUCCUCGGUGUCUUCAGAAACUGGGUCCUGGGAAUCAGUUUUUCCACCAAAAGUGACAGAUAAGGAAGCUUGUGACAAGUUUAUACAAAAUGAACGUCAGAAUGUUAGUCAAAAUGUUGCCAUAGUAGAAAAAAAUAAGCAGGAUAAUUUAUCGGAUUCGGAAAACUUUGCACCCUUUUUAGUCAAAACGACACCUUGUUUUAUUGAUGCUGCAAGUUUGGUUGACGAAGAACACGUGUCAUUAAGCUUACACAGUCAAAUUCUGACAAAGAAGGCGAAAGCCAAAUCUAAAAAUAUACCUCUUCCAAGCCAGCCGGUACCUUGUUCUACAAUCAAGGGUCAUGAUAUUAGCCCAGGGGAUUGGUCCGAAAGUAAUGAUAAUGAAGAUUCAUUAGAACAAGCAGAUAAUAAAGAACCUGAUUCAAUACAAAAGGAUUUAUCGCCGACUAUUUUUGAAAUGACUCCUAUUACAGAAGAUUCUUUAAGUGCAAAUGAUAAUCAAGAAUAUAAAGAAAUUUUUGAAACAUGUAAAACUAGUAUCAUUGCAUCCGCUCAACAGUCAACCAGUGCUGUUUAUAUGGGGACUACGCCACACAAUUCUAUUAUGUCUUUAAAAGGUUCUUCUUUAAAAAAUUACGAUUCAGAAGAAAGCGAAAGUGAUACAAUAGUGAUGAGUAGGGAAAGUCUUAAAAAUUUUAGGUCUAACCGGUAUAAUGAAUCUUCACUUACAUCAGAUUGUGUUUCUAUGGAAAACAUCAGUUCGCCUAAAUUAGGGACCCAAAAUAGUAGUCCAUCAAUUCGGAAAAAAAUAGACAAUAUCUUCAUAACGACGGAGGGGAGCUUGAAUGAUAAUGAAAAGAAAAACUCUUCAAAACCAUCAAAAUCUGCAUCAGCAUCUGCCUGGGUGGUUGAUAUGUCAUUAAGUCCUAAAGUAGCUGAAGACAGUAAAAACAAUUCCAGUCAAAAUGGUAAUAUAAAAAAACCUAGUGACCGAAUGUGUGCAACUUUAAAAAAUGAGUCAAAGGUCGGUAGUAAUGACAGCUGUAACAAAAGUAGAAGUUCUGUGGACUCUGAUAGCUCAGAAAAAUCGGGCCAUAAAUUCUACAUUGAUUUAUCAACUUUACCUGAUCCCUUACCUCCAGAAACAACGAACGUUGAUAAAAACAGCGAGAAAGGGAACAUUUUUUCUAUGUACAUCGAUUUGGGUGAAAAAUCCACGCUAAAAGAAAUGCCAUCUCGACUAUCAUCUUCACUUAAUGCUAAAAAGCAAUCCAAUGAAAAAAGCUCCACUUCAUUAAAACAUAUUCCAGCUUCCAAAACUCCAAAAAAUUCAUAUAUUGAAAAACCUAUGCCAUGCAGUUCUAAGAUUCACGGUCAGUCUGUAACCUUUGAAAGAUAUGAAUCGUUGUGUAAUGAUCCUAACAUCAGUAUUUCUGAUAUAAUAGCUAUUCCAGAGUCUACCUGUAAAAAAUCCAAUAAGAUAUAUGAAGCCGAAAUUGAAAUAAAAAAUGACAGAACAACUCGACGUAAAAAUGAUAAGUCCUUUAAACUAGACUCGAGAGCAGUGAUACGUGAGGAGACGACAAAAUGUGAGGAUACUGAUCUAUUUGUUAGGUUAUCGGAUUUGGAUAAACCGAUGCAAAAUUCAGAUGAUUUCGAUAGAGAAAUUUUGGAUUCAAGAAUGACAAGAUCUAUACCUGAUAAUAAUUGGUCAGAACAAAAUAAAGCAGGUACGUCAAGGUCAAGUGAGGUCAUAAGUUCAUUUCAUUCAGAGAAUGCAUUAAGCUUAAACAGGCUUUUUCCUCAUCUGAAGAAUGAAUUUAGCAAAAGUAUGCCCAUAUCACUUUCUGGACGAACACAAUCUCCCUCGAGGCAAGGGUCGAGUGUUUGUGAAGUAGAUGAGCAUAAUUCCGACGUGUCGGAACUCAGCAGUGUGCAAAGUAGUAUGUGUCGGUCUGUCAUUGAGAAUAGUACAACUGAAGAGACGAGUCAAACCUCCAGUUUAAUAGGCAAUUGUCAGUCUCGAUUAGGUCAAGACUUGUUGCGAAUGUUCCUAGAAGAAAUAGCGCCUGAUGUUAUAGUCGAAGUGUCAGGGAAACGUAUUAAGGCACACAAAUGUAUAUUAUCAUCAAGAUGUCAAUAUUUCGCCGGUAUUUUGAGUGGUGGGUGGGUAGAAAGUUCUGGAAAUGUUAUUGUUUUGCCGCCGUUUUCCUUCAACGUUGUACACUUUGCUCUGUGCCAUAUAUAUUCAGGCCUUUCUAAUAUUCCCGAUUCAAUAAGCAUUGUGGAACUGGCAACCAUCGCUGAUAUGCUAGGUCUUGAAGGAUUGAAAGAAGCCAUAAUGUUCACACUAAAAGCCAGAUAUUGUCAUCACUUCCACAGGCCGUGUCAAGUAUGCACAGCUGGUGUGUUGGAAUGCUUCCCCCUCUCAUCGGUUUAUGGAUUGGAUGAUUUGUAUCGUAAAUGCCUAAGGUGGAUAACGAAGUAUUUUACAAAAGUGUGGCCUACUAAAGCUUUUGCUACGUUGCCUAAAGAGCUACUGGACAAAUGUUAUCAAGAGCACAUAAUUAAUUUGACGAUUGAUAAUCUUAUCGACACCGUCUAUGGAUGUGGCAUUACAGUUGCAUCACUUCAAAAUAGCAGAUGGGCAGAGAGUGUGGCGCGCAUGUGUCGACGUCUGGUAAAUGCUGCAGCGCAUUUCGCAGCACCAAGAUUAUUGGCAGUGCUUGAAAUUGUAUCUACAGCCCCAGACGCACAUCAAUCGGCUAAACAAGCCCUCGAUGACUGCCUGGCUGCCGCCAUCGAAUGGGCACCACCAGAUGAAACUUGUCGUGUAUACGCAUUCCUUUCACAUUUGGUUAAGGAAAUGAAAAAUCAAAAUUUCACCAAUAAAGAUUUUAUGAGUAAUGGCGGUCAAAACUCUAGUGUCCCGGAGCUUUCCAAUUUUCUACUUAGUCAUGCGAGCUGCUGGCGCUUGCAAUGCGAAGGAGCACUCGUAAGGGCUGCGCCUCGAGUUGUGGGCACUCAGGCUUUCAAGGAUUUACCUACAGAUCUACGCCGGCGGCUGCGAGAACUUGGCUGUAUCAUGUAUGGUCCACAAGCUAUUCCUUUGACAAACUCUCCUCUACAAGAUAGAAAGAGCAAGAGUACCUAUCAAAGUAAACCUCCGAAGACCAUUAAUUCUGCUACUACUCGCAGUUUAGAUAUGGAGAAAGUCCGAAACUCUUUCGUUCCUUAUAAGCCGAAACCAAUUGUGAUGGGAUCGAAAGAUAAAUUAAUGAGCAGCGCUGAGAUUCGAGACAUCAAGAAGAUCGCUUAUAAAGCAAACAUGCCCAAAGUCAGAACGACCAAAGCGCAAGAAGAACGUGCGAAAUUUAACCAAUCUAAAACGUUGACAUCUCAAGAUCGUUCCAUCAACAAUAAACCAGGAUCAACCCGGAUGUUUGAAAAUACGAAACCAAGAUAUUUGGAACCGCGUUUAGCCAAAGAAAAGGAGAAAAAAAUGCCAGCAAGAAAACUUGUUAAUAAGAUGGUUUCAUCUAGUGAGUCUUCUCGAAAUUCAAGUCCAAUACAAUCUCGAAACGUAAGGGCCAGUCGUAUAACCAGUAACCAAGUAUAUGAACACAAGACGCACACUAUGUCCCAAGACAGUCUCGCCACUUCAUCACGGCCACGUACAGCGGAACCAUCGACUGAUUCGCUGAGCGGAUCUCAGAACAGUAACAAAUAUGCUACAUACACAAAAACGAAACAUACUAGCAAGGGCUCGGUUGAAUCUGUGAUUCCCAAAUCCCAGGGUCAUUCGACAGCAUCUUUGCUACAUUCAAAAAUCAAGACGAAGAUUCCCGUAUAUUAUAAUCAAAACUCCGUGUCCUGCAAUGGGAACAAUAAAUCAAAUGUCAGCGCUAAAUCCUGGCAGGUAAGCAACGCUCUUGUAUCGGCUAAGAGUAAGAACAAAACCUGCGAGCGAAAGGUGUCCGGGUCUUUGAUGAAUGCCACAAAAUCAAGUUCAGCAAAAAUCGUUCCAAAGGUAACUAAAGAAUCACAAUCCUCGUCGACUAAAUCAUGCAAGCAGCAAAAACAUGCUACAAAACAAGCGUGCAACAGUAUGCAGAGGCGGGAGGAUUUCGAUCGGGAACAAAACAUUCCUGCUAUGGAACGUUCGGGAACGUUCUUAAAGGAUGAGCCAAUGUUCAGUGAUAAAAGCGCUGACAUGGAUAAGGGCCAGUAAUUUAGUAAAAAUAUAUUUUCUAAUAACUGCAAGACGGUACUGUAAUAAAUAACCUUACCUUACUCAGUUCACCUAAAAUUAAUUCUAGGAAGUCUUUGUAGGAGAUGUUAUUUUAUAAGUUCUUAAUUUACCCCUUUUUUAAUGUAUAUCAUAUUUUCUUCAAAAUAUUAAUAUACUUUAAAAUAGGAUUUUAUUCUAUUUAUAUACUUAUAAUUUCCAAAGGUUGUAUACAAAAAAGAUAAUUUAUAAUGUUGUAAAAGCUUAGGAAUAUCCCAACUUAUCAAAAGGUUUGUUUAAAUGAACAUGAAGUUGGAAGUGGAAAAGUUAUAGAUGUUGACGAACACAUCGUAGUUAUAGAGCCUACGAAGGCAGUGCACGUAUCACAAAUUUACCCCGAAUUUUAAAUCUGGAUGUUUUAACUGGUAUAACCAUAAUAUAUGUCGAUGCAUAAUAAUAUCUUAAGAGUCAUCGGUGUCAGCAGUAGCAUUUAUUCUAUAACAAUUAAAUGUCGUAGAUUAAAAUUUUAUCCCAUAUGUUUGUGUGCGUCCAGAGUGACGGCGCACCGUGCAACUUAGAAAUACUCGAAAUGUUUGAACCUGCCGAACUUACUGUCCGUGUCUGAGGUGCUGAUUAAAGUCAGAAUAACACGAAUCGGCUUUAAUCUGAACGCCGUUUGGACGCUUAUUGCGUCAUCGGUUUUGACAGAUUUGUGACCAUUCUGAUUAUAGCCAGUCAAUCUGUCUCUCGCCAACGUUUCAGAAAAUCGAUGUUAGUUUUAUAAAUGUUACUUGCAAUUAAACAUACAAGUAUUCGUUGUGAAGUAGCGGAAAUAGUUAUAAAUGUAUUUAUUUCAAAACAGUAGUAUAAACAAGAUAACUUUUAGCGAAUAAACAGUUCCAGUUUGGAUUUCACUUUUGAAGGGCAAACACUUAAUUAUGAAACCAUUUUCUCUCUCUAUGAGCAGUCAAAUAUUAAUAUUUUGUUGAAGUAUAUGUAAUUUAUAAGUAUACUCACCUGAGAUUGCUAUACUUUGCCACGUGCCAACUUUCAUAUAAACGUUAAGAUGACAAAAGUAUGUUCAUCAGCGAUUCCGUUUGAAUUCAGUUGUGAAAUCUAUUAUUGGAACUUGAAUCACGCUCAAUAUAUUAGAUUUAAAUUGCGCCCAUGUAUUGUGGUGCUGAUUAUUUAAAUCCAAAAAGUAGAAUUUCAUUCUUAAAGUAUACUCUUGUCUUCGUUCUAAGCAAUCUCUUACGUUGUUACUUAACAAGGAACACAGGUACUUAUCCUGUCUUAUUAGAUCAUCUUGUCCUAUAUUUUAUUUUCAAAAGAUUUGUACGAAUAUAAGUGUUGUGACAUAUUUAAAUAUUAAGUAUAUCGAUAUUCAUUAUUUAAUUGCUUUCGUAGCGAAAUUUAUGUUUACUAGUCUUUUAUUUAAUUUUUACUUGUUAAUAAAUAUAGCCGUUUGUGUAGGAGGUAGAGUUCACGUCGAAUUUUGUCCCCUUAGUAAAAUUCCAUGUAGUAUUUAAUAUAUGUGUAUAAAAGUAAUCAUAAUUGUCCGCGUUUUAUUAACUCAUUCAUUCAUUAUAAGCUAUAAAUUAUAGUCUACUAUAUACUUAGUGUUAAAUGUUAAUAGUUGGUUUCAAUUUAAUUUACAAAAUAUAUUCUUGUACAGAGUAGUCUAUUCUUAUUUGAAUGUAUAUAUAUAUAUAACUAUAUGUGUAUAUAUUAUAUUUUUAUUUUCAAAUAUUCUAAUAAU